AUGGUUGCCGGCGACCACUGGGGGGACGCCAGUGUCCACUGGAAGGACGCCGGCGGCCAUUGGAGGGACGCCGACGGCCAUUGGAGGGACAAUAGGGGCUCUGGAAGGACGCCAGUGUCCAUUGGAUGGACGCCGGCGACCAUUGAAAGGACGCCGGCGUCCAUUUUCGGGACACCGAAAACCACCGGAGGGACGCUGGCGGCCACUGGAGGGACGCCGAGGGACGGGAAAGGCACCAGGAACGAGGGAGGAACACCCAGAGAAGGCAGAGGGGCGGAGAGCGGGACACAGUCACUAGGGCGCGUUGCCGGCGGCGUCCUGCAGGGGGCGCAGCUCCAGGCGGGGGCGGGGCUGCUUGGCGGGCGGCUCCAGGGGGUCCAGGUCCAGGUCUGGGUCCGGGUCCGGGUCCGGGUCCGGGUCCACGCGGCUCAGGGAGCUGGACUGCAGCAGCAGCUCCCCCCCCUCCUCCUCACUCUCCUCCUCCUCCUCAUCCUCCUCUUCUGGGGGGAGAAGGGGCGGCGGAUGAGGUGGAAGGAGCCGAAGCUGGCAGCACUACGCAGGAGACGAGCCCUCACCUUUAUGCGGACCAUCUCCUCUGGGAUGUUCAUCAUGGCGCCCGUCAACCAGUUCUCCAGACUUUUGGCAAACUUUCAGGGACCGUUUGUACCGCCUCUGUCAGAGCCGAUACAAUCGGCCCCCGCCGCCCUGAUAGCGCCCCCCUCCCCCCGGCGCGGCGCCUGUGUGUCUUUAGGCUCCCGGGACUCACUGGGGAUGGGCCGCAGCACGUCGGGGAUCAGGAUCUCCACCAGCGUCUGGUACAGCAGAUCCAAGUCCACGAACUCAGGCAGCGGCCUGGACGCCUCUGCAGGGGACACCGAGAGGCAAAAACACACUUAG